GAGCCGUGUGGCGCUGAUAUCUCUCUCACACACACACACACACACACACACACACACACACACACACACUCGUCAGUAGUCGACCGAACGCCCGUGCGAUGGCCCUCCGUUUCCUCCUGUUGUCACUCUGCGUUUUGUUGGAACCCGUGACGGAAAUCGAUGCACGUGUUUUUUGUGGUGUGGUUGAUCUCUGUGCAGGUGGUCUGCUUCUGAAGCCGGUUCUGUCUGGACCCAGCGAGGCCUACGUGAGAUCUCAGGUCCAGUUUGACUGUGCGGUUCCAGGCUGGUCUUCACCUCUGACCUUUGAACUCUUGAAGGACGCUGGGGAUCUCAUCGCGGCAGAGAGCAACGUCAAGGUCACCUUCACCCUACAGGUCACCGAGGGGUCAGCGGGCGAGUACUACUGCAGACUGACCUCCGGGGGUCAGACCAGCAACUCCAUCCACCUCCAUGCAGUGAUUCCUGUGGUAGGAGCCCGUCUGAGCUCAGAGCCCGAUCCAGCGGUCAUCUAUGAAGGACAGAAGCUGGUCCUGCGCUGUCUCGUCAGGAAGGGGACACGUCUGUCCUUCACGUGGUACCAGGACGCACAGCUAGUGACCUCCUCGUCCGAGCUCCACCGGCUCUCUGGAGACACUCUCACGGUGGAGCGAGCGACCGCAGUGCAUGCUGGGAUAUACUCGUGCACGGCUCAAAACCAGAUGAGCGUCAACCCCAGAUUCUCCAGCAGCCGAAACCUCCACGUCACGGUCAAAAAGCACAUGUCGGCGCCGUCGUUAUCCUUCUCGGUCUUCUCUAACGGCUCCGGGCUGACGGCUAACAUCAGCUGUGGUUCUGAGCGAGGCUCUCCGCCCGUGACGUUCAGACUGAUGCUGGACGGCCGGGAGCUGGAGGCCAAGCGAGAGGAUUCGCUGGAGUCCUGGUUCCUUCUGCCCGUCUCUGAGGGCCGGGAUCUGGGAGCCGCUCGAUGUCAAGCUCAAACGGACACACAGCAGCUAAUAUCUGAUCCCGUACGUUUACUCGUGGUUCCAGUAGGUGGCGCUGUGCGCGUCACGGUACAGUAUCUCCACGACGCCGACGGGACGCUGGCAGCCGCCCGGCUCCGAUGUGUCCCAGACAGAGGAACCUUCCCAGCGUUCUCCUGGAGUCUGAACCGCUCGUCUCUUCCAGCGGAGGGCAGCGCUCACGCGGUCGCUGGCGGCGGUCAGAUCCUGAUCCUCACCGAGGUCAGAGCCGGCGUCUACGGCUGCAGGGCGAGGGACAGUUAUAACCUCAGCUCGGUCUGGGUGGAGAGCGAGGACGUCUUGGUCCAGAGGACAGAUUUGGCUGCGAUGUCGGUGGAGGCCAUCGCGCUGAUUUUCUGCGGGUUCCUGUCGACUGUGAUCGUGUCAGGCUCGUUCUUUGUGUACUGGAGCACCAAGCGGAGUAACGACGCCUGCAAACGUCACAGUCACCAGGAUGUGAUCCAGUCUGAGAUGAUGAGAACAUUUCCAGCAGCCGGUGUUUCCUCUGAACCUGUGGAAAUGAAAACGGUCAUCGUGGAGCUUGAGGCCUAGUCUAGACCGGACUGGACCGGACCAGACCAGACCGGACCGGACCAGACCAGACCAGACCAGACCAGACCAGACCAGACCAGACCGGACCGGACCGGACCAGACCAGACCAGACCAGACAAGACUGGAGCAGA